UUUUUUUUUUUUUUUUACUUCUUUUCGUGCAUCACCAUCCUCCUCAGAUGAAACAUGACACAUGAAUUCCCCCUUUUUUCCAUUUCUGUGUAGGUGUAUGCCUUUGAUCUACCACUCCUUUUUUUUCGCCCACCCUACACUCUCUCCUGUUAAAGCUAAACCAGAAGUGAACUACACAUCCCGGAGUGCUCCUCUUAUCCCUUCCCAGUCUUGGUAUCUCAGUGGUUUUGGCGCUUGAAGCUGGAAGCACAGGCCCGGAGACUGAAAGCGAGGGUGUUUUUUGUUGAACCGGAGGGAGAGGGAGCUAGAGAUUCUUUUCAUUAAGAAGACUGCACACACCGGAGACGGGGGGAGAGAGCGAGAAUUGAACAUAUCUGUCUUUAGCAGGGUUCUCACUAAAUGCCUCUGCCCCUACAUUGAGGAAGAGCCAAGCAUUGGGAUUGGGCAGCGACCAGAUAGCGUAACACCCCCCUCCUCCUCCUCUCUGUUGAGAAUUGCGUUAAAACGAAAAAGGAAAAAAGGCCUGCGCUUUAUCUUUACUACAGGAUUUUUUUUUUCAUUUUUUUUCUUAUAUAUUAAACGAGGACACGUUGCUGGCUGGUGUAUGUGUUUAGAAUGGGACACGCUGCAGGUAUUGACAUUGUUUUUUUAUUUAUUAUUUCCUUGCAUCUCUCGACUCGGCAUCAAAAUCUGUGCUGCUCCUUUUGCUCUCUCCUCUUUGGCGAUAAGCGUGUUUGCCAUUAGCCGCCGCCGCCGCCGCUGUCGAUGCAUGUUGUUGUCCCCCUCCUCCUCCGUCUUCGCACGGACCCGUUUUCGGUCGCAGCUAGCUUAUUUUUCAGCCACAUUUCUCCCCAAAGCGCCAGUGAUGGAGGUCCAGUCAAAGAAAAAGACAGUUAAGGAUGCAGGAGCCCAACAAUGGAUUUCUCCUUCUCUUUCAUGCAAGGGAUCAUGGGAAAUACAAUUCAGCAACCCCCUCAGCUCAUUGACUCAGCCAACAUCAGACAGGAAGGCACCUGCGACACCGGUAGUGACCCGGGAGAGGAUGGUGGACCCUCCUACGAUGCUGCCCUGGAUGCAGAGUUUUCUUACCCGCCGUCGGCUUCAGAGGACAUGUCGCAGGUCUCCAACGGCUACCCGCCAGGUCUGGGCAUGUACGAACCACAGGCCAAGUUCUCCAUGUACUCGCAGUUCCCCAAUGGCUCUGCUAAUGGCUAUGGAGCCAUACGGAGCUACGGAGAUCACGGUCUCAUGCCAGGAGAGGGGACUGUCCUGAGAGGUCCAGGCCUCCAUGAGAGACCUUUGUCUCCUGUGUCUCCCCCUCUGCCCACACAUCACCCACACCUCCACCACCACCACCACCAUCACCCCCAUCCCCAUCACCACCACCAUGCGCACCAUUUCCACUCGAACCCACCUCAUAUACAAACCCACCCACACCCACAGAGUCCUCCACCACCACCACCACUGCCCUCCCAGCACCACCUCCCCCAGACACCUCACAUCAUGACCCACACUCUCCCCCCUCCUCCCCCGUUACACUUGCCCUCCUCCAGCCCACCGCCCUCCCUUGUGGACAGUACCCCCUCUUCUCAGCCCUCCCACACCCCGUCCAACAUCCCUAGUGGGGUGCUAAAGAAAACCAGCUCUCCAGAGAUCAAGCUGAAGAUUAUCAAGACGUAUCAGAACGGAAAAGAGCUGUUCGAAUCUGCACUGUGUGGAGACCUGCUGCAAGAGCUGCAGAAGGAGUCUCAGAAGAACGAGGCCACUCAGAUACAGCGCAGACAUGAGAGAAAGAAGGAGAAGAGGAAAAAGAGUGCGAGGCUGCAGCUGCAGGUCCAGGAACAGAGCCUGGAACAGAGCCAAACACAGGCAGGUACCACGGGCCAGACGGAGGACAUCCACAUCGAGCCCCAGCCAAUAGAAUCACCCCCAGUGCAGCCAGAGAAGCCUCAGAAGACCGUUAUCAAAACAGAACCAAAGACACCGAAGGUUCCGAAGGUCCACCAUCCAUCAGUGAUCCAAGAGACGGGCUUCUGUAAGGAGUUUGUGAUAGGAGAUCUGGUGUGGUCUAAGGUGGGAACCUACCCCUGGUGGCCCUGCAUGGUCUCCUCUGACCCGCAGAUGAAGGUCCACACUCGCAUCAACACCAGAGGUCACAGGGAGUAUCACGUCCAGUUCUUUGGUAGUGUUGCUGAGCGAGCGUGGAUCCAUGAGAAGAGGAUCGUCAUGUACCAAGGAAAGCAACAGUAUGAUGACCUUCAGGCUGAGACUCUGCGCAAGGCCACAAACCCUGUAGAGAAACACAAACUUCUGAAGCCUAUUCCUCAGCGAGAGCGUUCUCAGUGGGAGGUGGGUGUUGGUCAUGCCGAGGACGCCUUUGUGAUGACGCGGCAGGAGCGAAUUGACAACUACACCUUCAUCUACGUUGACCCAGACCCAACUGCACCUCCCCCUUGCAAGAAACCCAUUGCCAGACCUGAGAAACGAAGCCGGCGCUCCAGUGGCUCAGUCGGUAAGAAGGAAGAGGGAGGAGUGAAGUCACCGGACAGAGAGCAGCCACCACGGAGGCAGCUACCACGCAGACAGUGUAGUAUCUCAAACACAGAGGACAGCACAAACUCCCAGGCCUCAAAUGAAGAGAAGAACCAGAGAGGAGACCAGCGUAAGACCGGCUCCCCAAAACAGAACGCUGCUUGUGAAGCACGAACACGACAGGACUCUCCGCCACCAGUCAGGGCCUGGAAAACUGCAGCUGCCAGGAAGCUGCUGCCUCUCUCCAUCACCAUGAAAAGGCUGAAUGUGGAGAUCACCAAGUGUGAUUGGCCCCUCCUGCAGAAGAAAGCAGCUCCAUCUCCGAAAAAAGACAAAGAAGAAGAGACGGAGGAGAGAGUGGAGAGAGAGGCCAGGCAGCCCGACUUGGGAUACUGCUCCCCAGAGGACUGCAGAGCUAAACCUGAGCCUAGUCCUGAGGAGGAAGAGGAAGAUGGGGAUGAAGGGGAGGAGGAGGGGGAUGGGGAUGGGGAUGGGGAUGGGGAAGGGGAAGGGGAAGGGGAAGGAGAGGAGAGGAGAGGCUCCCCCGCAAGCCGCAGGAGCGAGGAUGGAGGAAUGCAGCAGACCUCCUCUCCCGGAUCACACCACAGUAGUCCACAAGGUUCUCAGGAGAGGAAACUACAGCGGCGAUCAGUCAGGAGCAGGUCUGAGUCAGAGAGAGGCAGCGAUCCAAUCCCUAAGAAGAAAACCAAAAAGGAACAGGCAGAGAUGGCUCCUGAGACCACACUGAGGACAGGGUCACAGAAAGGAGCCAGUGAGAUCUCUGAUGCCUGCAAACCCCUGAAGAAGCGAAGCAGAGCAUCAACUGAUGUGGAGAUGGCUUCUUCUCAGUACAGAGAUACCUCUGAUUCAGACUCAAGAGGCCUCAAUGACCCACAGGGUUUAUUCGGGAAGAGUCUUGAUAGUCCAGCAGCAGCAGAUGCAGACGCUUCAGAUACGCAGUCUGUGGACUCUGGCUUAUCCCGUCAGGACAGCAGCACCGGCAAGAGAGACACCGUCUGCCAGAUCUGUGAGGUGUAUGGAGAGGGUUUGGUGGUGUGUGAAGGUGACUGCAACAGACGGUUUCAUCUGGAGUGUCUUGGUCUGACGUCCCUACCUGAGGGCAGAUUCACCUGCCUGGAGUGUAGAAAUGGCAGUCACCCUUGUUUUAGCUGUAAAACAGCAGGCCAGGAAGUGACGCGCUGCUCCGUAUCUGGAUGUGGUUGUUACUACCAUGAGGAUUGUGUCCGUAAACUCCCAGGCACCACCAGCAGUCCAGGUGGAGGCUUCUCCUGCCCACAGCACAGCUGCUCUACAUGCUGCCUGGAGCGAGACCUACAGCGAGCCAGUAAAGGUCGUCUGAUGCGUUGUAUCCGCUGCCCGGUGGCCUAUCACACAGGAGACAGCUGUGUUGCAGCAGGCAGUGUCGUCCUCACCCAUCACAUCAUGAUCUGCAGCAGCCACUGCAGCGCCAAGAGGAACGGGCUCCUCAGCUCCCCCGUCAACGUGGGCUGGUGCUUCCUGUGUGCCAGAGGGCUGUUAGUGCAAGACCUUACUGACACCAUAUUAAGUUCAUAUGCCUAUAAGUCCCACUACCUUCUGACUGAGUCAAAUCGUGCUGAGUUGAAAUUACCUAUGAUUCCCUCUCCUUCGUCAGCUACCAAAAAGAAUGUUGGGAAAGGAGGCAAGUUGCUGUGCUGCGACUCAUGCCCGGCUUCCUUCCACCCGGAGUGUCUGGAGAUGGAGAUGCCGGAGGGGGCGUGGUCCUGCAGUGAUUGCAGGGCAGGGAAGAAACCUCACUACAAACAAAUUGUCUGGGUCAAACUGGGCAACUACAGGUGGUGGCCAGCAGAGAUCUGCAACCCUCGCUUGGUGCCAUCCAACAUUCAGAGCCUCCGCCACGAUAUCGGUGACUUCCCCGUCUUCUUCUUUGGCUCCCAUGACUACUACUGGAUCAACCAGGGCCGCGUCUUCCCCUAUGUGGAGAACGACAAGAACUUUGUCACGGGUCAAAUCAACAUCAACAAAACCUUCAAAAAAGCUCUGGAAGAAGCAGCCCGGCGGUUCCAGGAGCUUAAGGCACAGAGAGAGAGCAGGGAGGCUCUAGAGCAGGAACGCAACUCUCGCAAACCUCCACCCUACAAAUUUAUCAAGUCUAACAAACCAGUGGGGAAGGUGCAGAUGCACGUAGCUGACUUGUCAGAAAUCCAACGAUGCAACUGCAGACCGACAGAUGAUCAUCCGUGCAGCCUCAACUCCCAGUGUCUCAAUCGCAUGCUGCAGUACGAGUGUCACCCGCAGGUAUGUCCUGCAGGAGACAGCUGUGAGAACCAGUGUUUCUCCAAGCGGCUGUAUGCAGAGACAGAAGUGGUAAAGACAGAUGACCGUGGUUGGGGCCUCAAGACCAACCAGGUCCUCCGGAAGGGUGACUUUGUGACGGAGUAUGUGGGAGAGGUAAUAGACUCAGAGGAGUGCCAGCAACGAAUCAAACGUGCGCAAGAAAAUCACGUGUCCAACUUCUACAUGCUCACCCUCACCAAGGAUCGUGUGAUAGAUGCUGGCCCGAAAGGCAACUCGUCUCGGUUUAUAAACCACAGCUGCAGCCCAAACUGUGAAACGCAGAAGUGGACAGUUAACGGAGACGUCCGCAUCGGGCUCUUUGCUCUCUGUGAUAUCGAGGCUGACACAGAGCUGACGUUCAACUACAACAUGCACUGUGUAGGCAACAGGAGAACAACUUGUAACUGUGGAUCAGACAACUGCUCUGGCUUCCUCGGGGUGCAGCCAACAAGCGCUGUGGUGAUGGAGAAAGAGGAGAAGGCCAGGAAUGCGAAGCUGAAGCCGAAGAAGCGGAAGCUGCGGCUGGAGGGCAAACACGCGCACGAAUACUUCUGUUUUUGCUGCGGAGAGGGAGGCGAGCUGGUGAUGUGUGACCGAAAGGACUGUCCAAAAGCGUAUCACCUGCUCUGUCUCAACCUUACCAAGCCGCCAUACGGGCGUUGGGAAUGUCCGUGGCACGACUGCAGCGUUUGUGGCGUCCCGGCCUCGUCCCUCUGUGACUUCUGCCCUCGCUCAUUCUGCCGGGAGCACGAGGUGGGGGCGCUCACUCCCUCCUCCCUUGAAGGUCGCCCCUGUUGCUCCAGUCACAAUCCUGUCAGUCCCCUGGACUCCAACUCCAGCUCCACCCAGCUACGUCACUCCGCCCUGAGCCCAGUUCGGGUUAAAGAGGAGCUGGAGCCAGAGCCGGGUAAGCCAGCCACAGAGUGACACCACAGCUCCCCUGAAUACCUCAUUCCCUGUGAAGUGCGUUCUUGUUCGAUCCACCUCUGAUCUGAAGCAGCUCUACAAAAGGGAAUACAGUGCUUUUUGACCAGUGCGACGGUCCCCCUUCAGACACAAGACGCACCGAAGAACACCUCGAUGCUGUUUGUGGCAAGACUGGACUGGAGCGUCCACAGGGGAAGUGUCCAGGCAUCAUUGUGCGCUGUUUUCCCUCCUCUCUUGCCAUAAAACACCACCUCUAACACUCUCUACCGCUCGCCUGUGCCCAUCGGAGGGCCCAGACCACCACCUCAUUAUGUUUCUUUUUGUCAGUUUUACAGCUGUUUGAAAUUUUAAGUGUUGUCACAUCGUCAGUUACCGGCACUUUGAAGAACCUUGACGAGUGAGGUGGAGGGGAGAGGUAGAAGAGAAGAGGAGUAGGAGAUUGAAAGCUGGACCUCUCCACAACCACGCUGCUCCUCUCCUUGUUUACCUGCUGUACGCUGCGGUCGGCAUCACACACAGGAUGGCUCUACGGAGACGAGCCAGCCCUUUUCUUCUCCCCCGCAGCAGAUCAUCACUCCAAACGUGAUCUGUCAUCGUAUUUAUCUCUUCUUCUUCUCCUUGCAGGAAAGGAAAGGAAAGGAGGUGGGGUGGAUGACCGAUUUUGUGCAAUUUUUUUCAGGACCACACUACAUUCCAACCUUCCUUAGACAUGGUUUUAAUAUACUUAUGGGUAUGGAUGAAUAUAAUUAUAUACAGUAUCUAUGUUUGUUAAUGUUUACAGACAGAUUCUCUCACUUCAUCUCAGUGAGUGGUGUAUUAUGUUUGUUUGUUUAGGUGUUAAGCAUUACGCAGACCUCCUUGUGAAAAUAGUCCUAUAAGGUGAAAUAUAAUGGUAUAUAGUGUAAUGGUAUGACAUUACAGAAGUACUUGUGAUUUUCAUAUUGCCAGUCUCACUUGCCAUUGUGUACAUAAUUGGCUCAUACUAUUGUAAAGUACUUAAAGAUCAGGAGAGACGGAGCCUCGCCUCUCUGGUUGUUCCUGGUAGAAGGAAAAACGCUUUUUUAAACAAGACAGAUCCUUUUUAUUUUCUUUUUUUGAUGAAGUUUUGUUCUCACACUUCCUCCGAGCAGUUACUGUUAUUUGUAUUGUAGAUGGAGGGGCUCAGCUUGUGAUCACUGGUGCUGUCUUAAAGUAUUGUUGAUCGGCCUUAAGUUUGAUUCUGGCUGUAGAAACUACUGCCCAGAUGCAGUUCAUUUCAGUAAAGUUGUGUACUGUGACUGCUUCAAUGCUUGUUUUGUUUUUGUUCUGUUUUUUUUCCGUUUUUUUCCCUUUUCUUUUUUUGUUUUUGCCAAACUUUUCUGAAAAGCACUUUUACACAGCUUGUCGCUACACUAUUUAGCUAGGUCAUACAUAUACAGAAAUGUAUAUAAAAAGAACAUAAGACAAGUGUUUCAAAAUGGAUACCUCUUCUUCUUGUAGUAACAUCGGAAUUUAACUGUGUUGUAACUUCUUUCCUCUCUGUCUAAAACGUGGAGAGUACUGGUCGUGGGUUUGGAUGUUUUUUCGAGGAAAGUGUGGCCUAAAUGCUGUUGUUUUUUUGGGUUUUUUUUUUUCUUUUGGGCGGGGGGUUUAUUUGGCACAAGUAGGAAUGACUGCCAGCCCGGCUUUGUACAAAAAAGUCCUCUGUGUCCUCGAGAGGUACGUCUUCGUUUUCCACCUGGAGAACAUCCUCAAGGCUGGGCUUUAUAUAAAGACGUAAAGGUAUAACAACAGUCCCAGUUCAGUAUAAUGUACAAAUACAAACUUCUGUACAGUGUUUUUAAUCGCUCAUCUGUCAAAUCUAAAUUUUUUGUAUUUAUUGCACCACAUUUUAUACCAGUUUCUUUUUCAAACACCAGUGCAGUAAUUUGUCUCCCUCUCCCCCACGGUGUAAGUGAAAUAGACUAUUUAAAAAAACAUGGGGAGUUUUACAUGAUAUAUCUGUAUUUAGUCAUUGCAUACUUUUUUUUUGUUUGUUUUUUUUAAAGAUACAUUUGGUGUAAUGAUUCCACAUUUGGUAACAGCCGCUGCUCAUUGACCUGUAUCGUGACUCACUGUAAUUGGUGUUGACAGCAGUGUGAACCAGUUCAAUAUAGGAAUGUAAAGUUUCGGUUUCAGAGCAGUUUUUGUGCUUUUUUUUUUUUUUUUUUUUUUUAAAGCCCGGACACAAGUGAUCAUCACAGAUGGAAGUUUAUCUGUUGUCACGUCUCAGCAUUUUGCUUGUAAUUUUCCCCCUGUACGCUGGUUACCCUUAUAUUAUCUGCCAUGAAAUUGUGUUUUUUUGUUUUGAUUUUAAGUUUGGUUUGUGUUUAUAAUCAAACCACAAGGUGCCAAUGUGUCCAAAUCAUUUUAAUUUCUUUUGGGUCACUUGAAUGCAUAGACAGGACAUGGUAAAUUACUUGAGAAUUCAAAAAAGAAGAGAGGAAUCAUUGGGUGCAGAAAAGUGAGCAAAUUAUAGUCAUGAUUUUACCACAUAAAAAUGAACUGCAUAGAAUAAUAGUUUGUAUCUGAUAUGGUUUUCCCUCCAUAAAUAACAACAACAACAACAACAUAAAUAUGCAAUUAUUCUUUAAAAAGUAUAACCGCUGAACACAAGAUGUUUCCUGCUUUAGUGGAUCAAUUUGCAAAGUAGGUUAAACAUCCAAGUAAACGAUCAUUAUGUAAAGUAAAUGUUUUUAAGUGGAGACAGACUUAAAUAUGCUAAAUAGAAGCACAUAACAUUUUACAGACAUGAGAUUGGAUUUGAACACAAACUUUUUAAUGUUCUCCCUUUUCUGCAUUCAACAAAUCUUCCCCUUUUUCUUUCUCUUAGUAUUGAGCGUUUUUGGAAGCCUUUCCAAGAAAAACGACUAAAUGUGCAGAUUUCCUUAUCACUGCCCCAAAUUUGCUAACCUCUACGCAUUCAGAGAUGCAUUUCUGUUCAGUAGUUAACUGUAGGAAGUAGGCCACUUCAGUACUUGUUCAAUAUCAGGUAGGUGCAUCAUUAUGGCACUUUUACUUACAUAGUCUGUGUGUCUAAACUUGAAUUUUCUUUAUUUUUUUGUAUUUAUUAACGUUUUGGUUUUUUUACACAGGAUUCAUACAUGUGUGAUUAUCAGACAGAAGAUUCCUUGAAUUUUGUGUUUGUGGCUUUAGGAAAAAAAAAAUGUCUGACUGAUGACUUGUGAUUAUCUAACUGGUCUUACAGCCUUUUUUUUUCUUUUCAUGGUGACUGUUCAGCUGAAAUGCAUGCUUCCAACAGACACUGGUUUAAUCCACUUCUGUAUUCAGUUGGAGAGUUUUUAAAUGCCUGAUUUUAAUGCCAAUGUUUUGUUUUGAUUGUGCUUUUUUUAUUUUAACCAUUUUGCACAGAGAUUGUGCAAAACCAAACAGCCUUUAAUUUUUUUUGCACCUGCAGAUCGCAUGAUCAUGAAUUAUUUUGUGCCAGUUUGUCCUCUUCUGCCCUCCUCUGCUGAAACAGCAGCAGUAUUACGGUUGCCUAAUUUUAGUGUCCCAGCCUGCAUCAUGCCAUAUACUUAAAUUACUACCUGACAUGUAUGUUUUGUUUGUUUGCUCCCAUUGUAGUGCCCACAUUUUAUGUUUUUUUUUUUUUUUCAAGAGACAGCAUGUUUGUUCUCAGUUAAGUGACCCUUAAAUACGCCUGAAGAAGAUUUUCAUGUGUCCAGGAAUUUCCUUAUUAUUAAUAUUUUUCUUAUACACUUAAAUUUAGGAUGGACCACCCCCUACUUUGUCAAAAGGGUAUGUUUCAGUUCACUGUGAUGUCUUUUGGUUUUUGUGCAAUGUUGCCGACUGUCAUUAGUUUUAAUUGUCAUGCUGUCAGAGGAGAAAUAGUGUUGGAAUAAAUAAAUAAAUCCACCUUCAUAAGCACUCAUCUCUUUUUACUUGUAGUAAACUUACUUACAGUAACUCUAACUGGGGUCAUAUCUAUCUCUCUUGGUGUUGCUUCAAUUAAACGUGGAUGAACACAAAAUACCAUGUUGAUUACUGUUCAACCUGUGUUACUGCAUACUGCAUAUUGUUGAGUAACUUGUAAAUAGUUUGCAUUGAACUUGCAUAGACUCAUGUUACUGUGGCGUGCUCUUUUUGCCUGUACAAUUCUGCUUCUAAAUGUGUGUGACUGUUGAGACGACACUCUUUUUGUACAUGACUGUCUUUUUAUUUGAGAAUAUUGAUUCUGUCCUUUUUCAUUCUAAAGUUGAGUUUGAAGAGUUCAGACAUGCCUGAAGUUUGACUUUAAUAAAGCUGUACUCUGUCUCAGUGAAA